CAUCGCGUGCUGUCUUUGCGCGGUGCGCACUGGACUCUCGCGCUCGCUGGGUAGAUAGUCGGACGUUCAGAGAGACUGGACUACUCAUAGGAACUCUGGAUAUACUGAAAAAAUAUUCUAUGUAGAUUACCGCGUGGCACGACUAAAUGUAUGCAGAACAGUCUCUAGCGAAAAGACAGCCGCUACCUAUAAUUAUUUGAAUCUACGUGGAUCAUGUCUCCAACCGACGUCCUGUACCCCGGUUGCCAUAACUCUGAAUUCCAUGGCUCUGUGAGAGACAGCACACACAACGACCAGUAGCUUACUGGGCUCAUGGAGGACCACCUUCCUCCUGGACUGCUGGAGGCCUGUAUCGUCGUGGGUGUAGCCACUGAAAAACUCAAGGAGGCAUGUCAGAGAUACCAACAAGGGAACGACGCGGAGCUGCCAGUGGUGGAGGCGGAGGUUCUGCAGGUCCAUGCGCCUCCUUUUGAAACUCGUAAAGGGAGAGCUGCAGAUGGCGGGGGCCAAGUGGCGUUCAGUCGAGUUCAGCGAAGACGCUCUUUUAUCAAGAAGAAGGAGAGAACUGCCGCUGCGUUUCCAGGGGAAUCCCGUCCUGCUGGAGAGGAGGACGCGGCGCCAGACAUCAGCGUGCCAAAAGACAUCGACCUUGUAGGCCUGCCCCAGCUCUGUUUUCCUGGAGGUUUGAGCCUUUGGACUGAACCCAAAGAGGCCUGCUUUCACUUCCUUGUGUUCACUGAUGUUUUUGGAAACCAGACACAUGGAGUAGUUCUGCAGUACUGUAGGCCAGUACAGGCGUUUCCAGAGACUUCUCUGCAGCAGAAUGGACACUGGUCUCGGGCCUCUCGACUCUACUCAGACUAUGGCAUUUGCGUCAUAUCAAAGUAUCCCUAUUACACCGCUUUGAGGGAUUGCCUGUCAUGUCUUCUGAGUCAGUUGAAGCACUGUCGGAUAACAGACUUGGAUCAACGAGUCAAGGAAUUCUCUGCCAAGCUUGCACUAGUACCCAUUCCUCCCCCUGGAGAUCUUCAUGUGGUGUUCAACCUCAGUCCACUGCUCAUCGUACUUCCUUCCAGAGAGGAUAAGUACCACCCGGUGGUGGAUCUCAACCUCCACCUGCCCUUCCUAUGCUUUCAAACAAGGGAACUCUUGCAGAUCAUCACGGCCAUCCUGGCGGAGCGGCGCAUUGUGUUCUUCUCGGCCGACUGGGCACGGCUGACGCUGACAGCUGAGUGCUUCAUGCUCUUCAUCCACCCGCUCCACUGGCAGCACCCGCUGGUGCCCGCGCUCUCCCACCAGAUGCUGGACUUCGUCAUGGCACCCACCGCAUUCCUCAUGGGCUGCCACCUCAGCCACUUUGAGGAGGUGUCUGUGGAAACAGAUGACCUGAUUUUAAUCAACAUUGAUGAUGGGACGGUGUCGUCCUCCAGUUCUGAACUCACUGACCUUCCAUCUGUGCCAUCAGCCGCCGCUGAGUGCUUCAAAACAAGGAGGAGAGGCCUCCAGCUGCACUAUGACCUGGAUGUGAGUCAACAGGGCAGCAGCACCAACAUCAACGACCUGCGGGCCCAGAGACGCACCUGGCAGCAGCGUCUCAACAUGGAGAUCCAGAACGUCAUGCUGGAGCUCAUCCUCAACAUAUUUAGGGAUGUGGCUGAUCACCUGAACUUUGAGCACAGAGUCUUUAACAGUCAGGAGUUCCUGAAAUCACAGGAUCCUUCUGACCAGCCGUUUUAUAAAGAGGUGUUGGAGAGCCAUAUUUUCCACUCCUUCCUAAAAGACCGGCUCAACCAGAAGAUGGAUGCUUAUACACGUAUGGAGCAGAGCAUUCCCUCAGAAACUCAGAAAAUGAAAGUCACGAUUGACAAUAUUCGGCGGCCCACAAUGAAGGACAUGGUGCGUCGCAGCAACAGCUCAGAGAACUGUGCCAACAGGAGACUGGGCACCAGCCUGCCUAAUCUCAGGGAGGUCAACCAGCGAAGCAUCCCCCGACAAACCUCACUGAUCGAGACACCCCUGAAGAGCCGCCAAAAGCACAUCAAGCAAUUCAAGCUGCCAGACUUCCAUCCUCACCUGUCCCAUCAGUAUGUGCAGGACUAUUACGCUGACCUGAUAGGGCUCUUGGGCAAAGCCAUCUCCUUCGCCCCCCGUGAGAACUCCUACCUGCUGGCUCGCUACUACUACCUGCGCGGGGUGGUGAACACCAUGUGCGGUCGCAGGCUGGACGCCCUGAGUGACUUCCAGAAGCUCAACCACACAGACGUGGAGAUCUUCCCUGCCGAGCUGGUCAGGGCACUGGUGGACUCCCUGCAGCACGAGGAGCAGGCACAGGUAGACCGGCGUCCGGAGCUGAAGCGCCUUGUCUACAGGGUGAAGAGCAGUGAGCCGCCUGCGGACGACACAGUCCAGAUCACUAAUGACCUCGUCAGGAAAUUUGAAAUGCCCAAGGCGCCCAUGCCACUGGAGGACUUUGUCACGCGAGUUCAGCAGUCGGGCAUCGUCAGAGACGUUGGCACAAUCCAUCGUCUUUUUGAUGCCCUAAGUGUUGGGUCUCGAAAAGAGGUGGACCCAGACGUGUUUCGCGUGUUCUACACCUUUUGGAAGGAGACUGAAGCCGAGGCCCAGGACGUGAACCUGCCGGCUGAAGUGAUGGAGCAGCUGGACCACAGCGAGUGCGUGUACAAGCUCUCCUGCUCCGUGAAGACCAGCUGUGGUGUGGGCAAGAUCGCCAUGACACAGAAGAGGCUCUUCCUUCUUCCCGAUGGACGUAGAGGAUUUGUGGACAUCACAAAGUUCAGAGAUAUAGUGGAGGUGAAAACCUCUUCAGCCCAGUUCCUGCUUUUGCGUAUCCCUUCGCUGAGGAUUAAGAGCUGCAUGAAAAAGGAGAUAUUUGAGGCCAACCUGAAGUCCGAGUGUGACCUGUGGAGUCUGAUGAUCAAAGAGUUGUGGGCCGGAAGGAAGAUGGCCGACGAUCACAAGGAUCCACAGCACGUGCAGCAGGCUCUCACCAAUGUUCUUCUCAUGGACACUGUGGCAGGAUGUCUACCGCCGCAAAAAGCCAUAUCAGCUGCUUCGAAACUGGCCUACUAUGACCGGAUGCGACAGGAGGUGCCAACACCUGUUCCAAAGAGCACCUCAGAGACUCUGAAGCAUCGUAUUAACCCCUCACUCCAUCUGCCCACACAGCAAACCGUGGACGUCUUGCUCUAUACUCCAGGUCAGCUGGGGAAGUGUGAUGUGGAGGGAGAUGGCAACCCCAGGCUGUGGUGCGCCCUGGGCCACGGUAGAGUAGUGGUGUUCGAUGCCGCCAGCUGGUCUGCCAAGCACAACUGCAUUCAAGUGGGACUGAUGCCUCUGAGCUGCAUGCUGGGGCUGGACCAGGAGCAGGUGUGGAUCGGCUCCAAAGACUCCACCAUUUACAUCAUCAACACGCGAAGCAUGUCCUGCCAUAAACAGCUGACCGAACACAGGAGCGAGGUCACCGAUCUUGCCAUGGAGGACAGACAGGACACGUACAGUCAGACCCUGGCCUACUCGUGCAGUGUGGAUGGCCUGGUGAUCGUCUGGGACGUCUCCAGCCUGAAGCUGAGGAGGCAGUUCCACCUGAGCUGCGGCAAGCUCACCUCCAUGCAGCUCUACAACAGAACACUUUGGUGCUGUGCCCAUGACUGUAUCAUGGAGGUGCGCAAGACUGGAGUGGUACAGCGGAGGAUUUGCAUGCAGCCGGAUGCUUCACACCCUCCGUCGCAUUUCAACGGCUUUAUGGUUUACUUAGAGAGGGACCAGAUUUGGACCAGCUGUGUGGAUUCAUCUGAGCUGUGUGUGUGGCACUGUGACAACCUGCAGAAGCCAGCACAAAGGAUACAGCUACCGGACAGUUCUGGAGUCAGCUGCAUGCUCCGGGUCAAAAAUCAGAUCUGGGUUGGCUGCCGGGCCUCCUUGGAGAAGGAUAGUCACAGUCAGGCGGUUGGGAAGAUCUUUGUGGUGGACGUGGCCCGGGCCGUGGUGGAGAAGGAGCUGCUGGCCCACACGGACAGCGUGCGGGCGCUCUGCUCGGCCGAGGACCGCUAUGUCCUGAGUGGCUCAGCCAACCUGGAUGGCAAGAUCGCCAUUUGGAAAGUCGAGUAGAGCAAAGGACUCACGGACAGCGGGGAAAAACAUAAUCGCACAAGGGUGUCACUGUCACACAGGAUUAUGUUGUUAAGGUGACUGGAAACAGCCCCACAGUACACUUUUCUAAUUUUUAAUUUUUAUUUUUUCAAAUCAUUCUGGGCGCCCCACCUCUACAGCCUCUACAGUUUCUCGUUUGUAAACAAUCUCUGGCUGCGCAUCCCUGGCUGUGCACUUUUCAAUCUCUGAUUGUUGGAAACUGCUGUCACUCAAAAAAUGCACUCACAUGGUUGGCUGCUUAGCAUCUUGCCCCUCCUCAUGGCGUGAAUGUUUGUAAACGGGAAACCUAUCUAUGAGACGGCAAAAUCGGCUUUUGGAAAGUUGAGUAGAGGGACUCACAGGCUACAGGUGGCUGAGCCAAUCAUUUGCAUCUUUAAUGCACAUUCAUCAGAGUUGAUAGCAAGAUCACCAUUGGUCUUAUGUCAUCUUCUUGCACACCUCCUUUGGCAGGUGCACUGGGGGAGAUACCUGGGAUCACCAAUGAUUGAAAGCAAAAAAAGCUCCUGCAAAUGAGGACAGUGGGUGGGAGCUUUUUUAGUUUUCUAAAGAUCAACAUUUGGAAAGUUGAGUAUACAGUAGGACACUUGGAAAAAAAAAUAGUACAUCCUCCACGCUACUGUCCUUCAUGGUGCUUGUUGUGUUAAGCCAGUUUCACAUCAGAGCGUGGCGUGGUAGCAGCGAGAAGACGGCGGUCUUUCUGCCGAAUCUCUGUCGGUUUGUCUCUACUCAGCCUUUCACUCUGACCGCGUUGGUGUACACGGCCAGUCCUGUUCAAAACCCACGCCCCCUUCCCCACUUUGUUGCUUUGCCAUUCAUUGCAACGAGACACUGACGGCCGCUGCCGUCAAAAUUCCGCUCGAGUUAGAUUUUACAAAUGCAGCAUGGCACUGAGACGUCUCCUACACUGCUAUCGCCCGACUACCGCUGUGUUGGUGUGGAAGGACCGAUCUGUUUCCAUGCAUUUUCGCCGGAGCUUCCAUCGCACCGACGGCGGCCGUUCUGGUGCGAAAAGGCCCCAAGAGGAGAUGAUGAUUCUCAGCUUUUAAACAAGACCUAUAAUGUGUCUUUAGGUCUAACUCAAAAUUGUAUGUGAAUGUCCAUUUUUUUAAACUUUUCAAUGGAUUUCAAUGGCUACAAUCCCAGGUGACCCACCACCAGCAGCGGUAGAUCACCACCAGCAGCGGUAGAUCAAAGAGAUUUCGAGGAUGUGACGUCAAGUGCAACCCAGAAAUUGCUAUGGAGCUUGUAAUUUAAUACCCUGUAAGUCUAAAAAGGCCACAGAGUGUAGAAUGCUUUAGUCAAGAGCUCAAGAGCUUUUUAUUGUCAUUGACAAAUAAAUUUGACAACGAAAUUGUGUUUGGAAUACACUGUACACGUACUCCAGGCCGCAGCA